AUGAGAACAGAAUUCUAUACGAAUUUAUCUCUAGACUUCUCCCAACUUCUUGAAGACGCAGAUGACUAUAAUGUAAAUAUUAGAGUUGGGGAAAAUACCGAAACCAAAGAAUUUCGCGCACAUUCUACAAUUUUAAGGGCACGUUCACCUUAUUUCAAAAGGGCGCUCUCCGAUUCAUGGGUUACCAUUAAAGAUGGGGUCAUUUUAUUUAAUAAGCCGAAUAUUUCCCCAAACGUUUUUACACUAAUUCUUAA